AUGACUACCACCCAACAUGGUACUACUAUGGGCCGCCGUGUCACAUCCGAACCAUCUCCUCCACCGGUGACGUCUGCGUUCGAAAAACUUACCACAACCACGGUUAGAGUCCAACCACCUACACUUCUGACCGCAGAAGCGGAACCCGAACCAGCAAUUACCGUACCUGAACCGGCCUUCACUGAAAAUACUCCUACGGUAACCACCACAAAGUCCUCCAGAAUCCAGAAUAGAACAUCAACAACGAGUAGCACAACAGUUACAUUUGGCACUUUGCCGACUGAAACAGAAGAGCCAGAAGAGGAGGAAGAGCAUGUCGUAGUGAAAGGACGUCCAACAAACUUUGGCGAUCAGAACAUGAUGAAAGCGGACAUUGAUAAGGACAUGUUAGAAGGUGCUUUUACGGAAGAUGUUAUGGUCGCUACGACGAUUCUUACAACUACAACGGAAGUUCCGACUUUACCUGCACGACUUCCCGAAGACUUCGAAAGUACGACGGUGUUGCCGCCAGAACCACCUGUUGCUCCGACAGGAGUAGAACCCUCAAGUAUGGAAGCGAGCGAAGCUGAUGAGACGAGUUCCACGACCACUACGGAAGUUCCGACUCUGCCUGCUAGACUUCCGGAGGACUUCGAGAGCACGGCAGUGUCUCCAGCUGAGCUUCCCAUUAUUCCUACAAAGACGGAACCUUCAAGCGUGGAAACAAUCGAAGGCGAUGUGUUCCCAGAAGAAGUGAUUUCGACAACCACGGAACCGCCACCAUUCGAAAUAUCUCCAGGAGUACUGGAACCAGAAGAUGUCAUGCAUCGUCAACCAUCUGUACCGGAAACUACGACGCAAGUGAUAACGGUAUGUGAUGCUUCUUUACUUCCCUUAGUGGUCAUUAUGUGCAUUUUUUAA